AAUAAAGAGAUAACUACCGAUUCCAACAAAGGUCUCUUCGCGCCCAAGGUCAUCAGCGGCGUCAUCCACGUCAAAAACAAAAAUGCCAACGGGCCAUAAUGCAGCGUUGGGUGGUUGGCGACGUCGUUGGUCGACUCCGGUACAGUCUCAGCGCCUAUCAAAGAGGCCGUUGCAGGGGAUGCCUGCAUCACGAUCACGCUCACGUGGCCUUCACGUUUGACACCCUCCGUGUCUUCUAGCGAGUAAGCGGGGGCCUUUGCAGAGUCGAGGGAGAGCUUGUCUGAAUCAAACCCAGAGUCCAUCCGGUAUGGCGAUUUGGGAAUAAUUUCAACCUCAGGGCCAGACAUGUCGUCGAUGAUGAUCUUUGGCACAUCCUCGUCGUCACCUUCUACAACGGUGGCUUGACUGGCAGGGCUGAACGGAGCGUCGUUCUCAGCUUCGAUAAUAACCUCCUCGACACCUUCCUCCUCAGCUUCGUAGUCAUCGCCUGCCUCUUCCUCCUCCUCAUCGUACUCCUGGCCGGAAAGAAUCUCGGCAGCGAGCACCUCAGCGGUAACCUCCUCCUCGAAUAAAUGGGACAUCUCCUCCUCGUACUCGUGCUCAGAUUGGAGCCAGAAGUAGAGUCUAACGAUCGUGAUCGAGUUGAGACCAGAGUACAACAACGGCAUAUCCGUCGGUACCAGCAAUCUCCAUCGCGAGAUCCUUCACUGCAGAUUCCUCUUCCUCUGAUACAUCGUCGGCUUGCACCUCUGAAUCGAAGGUUGACGAGGCAGAGAGACCUGGUGGUGCGGGAAUGUCUGCCAUGGCUUGCAGAGCGGCGAGGUCGACUUUGUAAGAUGCGUUGAAUGGCAUCUCCUCUACACAUCGCACCGAAUGGACCACCAUUGCCAAAUCGUCACCCAACGACGACCUCAAACAGCUACGAGCAGCCUUGAGCACCGAAGAGCUCGACGAAGAUGUAGCAGCGAACAGGAUGAUCUUGUCGUCCGCGUGCGACUUGACAAGCUUGUAGCCUUGCACUUGGACAGCAGAGGAAAGGGCAUCGGGAGAGGCGGCAAAGGCGGGGGCGAGUGCGCGCUCGACAUAGUCCAAAUCGACGAACAGACCGUUCACCUUAACGUUCCGCGAACUCCUGCCUUUGAUCACAACGGUACCGUCUUCCAUCAACUGUCCGACAUCGUCCGUCCAGAGCAACCUCUCUUCCUCCUCCCACAUCCGGAACAUGUGUGCCGUAGCUUCCUCGUUGCCAAGAUAAGAAGUGGCAGAUUGAGAAGUCACGAAGCCUACAAUACCGGUGGAGCCGGUAGCAUUUUGGGGGAUGACGCUGUGGGUAGCGGGGUCGAGGAGGACAAGGGCAGAACAGCCUUGGGUGGCGCCGAAAGAGAUGGCCGAUGGCAUAGGAUCCGAUGGAGCAACGAACAUCUGUGAUAUCCC